CAUGACGCUGUUUGGGCGCUAAGGUCUGUGCUCGCGCACAGGUCCUCGGUCAGUGUUCAGCUGUGUUGUUAACCGGGUCUCUGGUUUACAGAGGUCGGAUUGAUGAAGGUUUAGUUACUGGAGCAGCUCGAGUAUCAGUGUUUCAGUGUUUCAGUGUCAGUAUGAGCUGCAGAGUCUGGGCUCUGUGUGGAUCUGUGGACUGGGAGAAAAGAAGAAGCUGCAGCUGCUCGGGUUUAUGGAACACAGUUUUCCCUGAAAUAUGCUGAACAUGGUGCAGAAACCAAGCUGUAUAUCUGGGCUCCCCUAAAUCGCUUUAGGUAUCUCAGGAAGUUUGUCUGCCAAGGAUUUAAAAAUGGAUUCCAGUGCUAGUAAGAGUCAAACCAAAGACCAAGCAAAGCCCCACAAGAGUCUUUCUCUGGCAAAAAAGGAUGUCCAGAAAGGCAAGACAAAAGCGAAUACCAGUAAUAAGCAAAACGGGCUUUCUAUCACUUCAUUUUUUAAGAACACUCCCCCAUCCAAACUGGCCUGUCCACUAUGCAGCAAGCUGAUACCUCGCUUCAAGAUCAAUGAACACAUUGACUCUCAGUGUCGGGACUUUAUUGAGGAAAAUUACAGAGAAGCUUCAUCAGGAAACCGAAAUAAACAACAACAGAAAACCUUGUCGCCACUUCCAGAUAAUGUCUCUCAGAGUCCAGAGGAGAAAAAUACAGAUGCAAACAUCCAAGGAAAGAGUGCAAAAACAAGCCCAUAUUUUAAGAAGAAUUGCACAGCAAGGCAAGAGUCACCUAAAGCAAGCUGCCAAGAUAAAGUAGUCAAAACAGUCAGUCUUGGUAGUUUGUCUUCAAAACUGUCCAGAAGAGCACUGAAGUUCUCAGGGAACCAUAAAGCUGAGAAUACCGCACCUGCUGCUAAUGUAGAGCCUAACUGUAGUGAAUCAAGUAGUUCACAGAAAGAAAACUGUGAUGAGAAUUUCAGUAUUAAGUCUGCUCAAGUGCUCCAUUCUGAAGUAGCUACGGUUAAUCUACCUCCAGUGGAAAACGGUGACGAAAUUAAGGAAACUCCUCCAAACAUGGAACCACUGAGUACUGAGGUUCCUCAGUCAGAGAAAACUGCUGCAGGAUUUAAGUUAAUGAAGCGGAAAAACAAAGAGUCUUCUGAUGCACAUUUAGCCUCAAAAGUGCAGAAGAAGCAAAGAUCUCUUCGGAGUAGACGUGAAAACAACACAUUUCCUCUGUUUAACCAGAACCAGACAUCGAAUGGCACCUCUCCUUCACCUGAAUCUGAAGUCAAAAAAGAAGCUAAACCUGCGGAUGAAGAAAGAGAUCAAAUCAUGGAAGAAGGUGGAAGUAAUGAUCUCCCUACUGAAAGCUCUGUGGAACCUGGUGAUUCACCCAGACGACCAUAUUACCUUCAGAACUUCCUGACCAUUCUGGAAGCAGUGUUGGAGAAUAAGGAUGAUGUGGUUCUCUUUAAUGAUGAGGACCUUUCCUUUGUGCACAGUUUCAAGCAGCUGUCAGUGCCGGGACAGAUGCUGUAUGUGCGUCUGUUCCAGAGGAAGUUGAAAUGGCUGCAAGUGAGCAAACUGGAGUAUUCUGAGAUCAGCUCAGCUCUUAAGCCUGUGGUGCAGGAGCUCAUCAGUGCUGGCCUCUUACAAACAGAGUCUGAACUUAAGGACAUCCAAGAGGUUCUUGAUCUUCUACCAGCACCAGAGCUCAGAGGUCUGGCCAAAACCUUUCACCUAGGAGGUCCCGGGAACAGCACACAGAAACAGCAGCUGGUAGAAGGACUUCUCCGCCUGGCCAAGCAGCGCUCACUCUUUGCCCUUUCACCUGGUCAGGGCCACACUGGUGCAGUCAUUCUCAAGAGGGCGAAGCAGCUAGCAGGUUCCUGUGUGCGUCUGCACCGGGGCCCCCGUGCAGUAUUCUCCCGUGUCCUGCUUCUCUUCUCCCUUACGGACACGUUAGAAGAGGAAGAGACGGCUGCUGGAGGUCAGGGCCAGCUCUACACCAUUCUUCUGGUCAACUCUGGACGCCUGGCCUUCCCAGCAUACACCGUUCAGCGCUCUGCUCAAGUGUUUAUGGACAGAGAUGAUCUAAUCAGGUAUGAGGCCGCCAUGCGAUCUCUUCAGGAAGUGAUUGCAGCAAUGCAGACUGGCUGCUGGGAGGACGCACUGGCGCUCUACACCACAGCAAAGGCCACCUGGCAAGACCUUAAGAAGACAUGUGACUUAAGCUGUCACGAGGAGCUACCAGUGUUCCUACGCUGUUUCACUGUGGGCUGGGCGUACACACGGAUAUUUUCUCGAGGAGUUGAGAUUCUUCAGAGACUGCGUCGCUAUGAGGAAGCAGUGAAGGAGCUCCGUUCUCUUCUUUCUCAGUCAGUGUUCUGUCCGGACAGCAGAGGGCGCUGGUGGGACAGGCUGGCUCUCAAUCUUCAGCAGCACCUCAAACAGCAUGAGCAGGCUAUCUGUGCUAUCCGGGAUGGACUACACGAUCCUCUGGUUCGGACAGGUCACCGUUUGUCACUACAUCAGAGAGCUGCCAGAAUGAAGGAGUCUGCAAGUUUUAAGAAGUACCGCCUGCUGCUUCGUGAACUACCUACUCUACAUGUGAAGGAUGUUACUCAUGUGACGAUUCGAGGGCAGCUGUUUCCUCAUGAAGGUGGCACGGGUAAAUCAGUGUUCCUCAGACCAGCUUCUGGGGAUGAGGGUUCUGAGGAUGGAGAUAAUGCCAUGGUCAUAUGCUCUGUAGAAGAGCUGGCAUUGGCACACUACAGAAAGCUUGGCUUUGAUCAAGGCAUUCAUGGUGAAGGUUCUACAUUCUCCACCCUGUUUGGUCUUCUAAUGUGGGACAUCAUCUUCAUGGAGGGCAUUCCUGAUGUCUUCCGAACUCCCUAUCAGACAUGUCCUCUGGACCUGCACACCGACACUUUCUUUAAGAAUCGGCUGGAAGCUAUAGAGGCACGGGCAGAGCUGUUGCGUGAAGCAUCCACAGAAACGCUGCAUGAGAUGGUGGCUGAAGUGUGGAACACCCAGGAGGGAAAAGUUUGUACACUAGUCAACUGGGAACGAUUUUCAUCUCUUCUGCAAGCUCAGAGCUUUCUGGCAUGUCUGGGAGGUGGCUUUUUAAGUGGCGUGGUCCUUCGAAUGGCCAAGGACUACAGACACAGCAGAGGAGGGCUUCCGGACCUGGUGGUGUGGAAUUCCUCAGCCAAUAGCUGUAAGUUGGUGGAGGUGAAGGGUCCCAACGACCGUCUAUCCCAGAAACAGCAGCUUUGGCUGGAGGAGCUGCAGAAUCUGGGGGCUGAUGUGGAGGUGUGUCACGUUACUGCUAUUGGAGCUCGGGGAGCACGACUGGAUUAAGGGAAAGAAGAACCUUCACAAAUAUUCCUCGAAACCAGAAGACAAUACAUUUCACGUACACAUUUUUUAAAGGACUGUUUCAAAGGACACCAGGGCCUCUUUUCCACUUCAUUGCCAAAUGGUUAUUAAGGCUGCGCUUUAUCAUUUAGUGCCAUUCAAGACCUUUUAGAGUGGUUAUGGGUUCUUUUUCCAUUUGCUGUGUUGCAAAACUACGACUAGCCUAGCAUGCCAACUACAGACAUCCUCCCACAUCUUUACAGAAAUGUUAGCAUGCUAGCAUGGUUUUAUCCCCCUACCACUGAACAGUUUGGUCUGGACCCAACUACGGUUAGUUAACCAUGCUGAGAAAAGCUUGCAAGGACGGUUUGUGGACAUUCUGUGCAGAACUGUGUCCAUGUGGAAAAGCUGUACUUAGAACUGUUCAGCUUAGAAGUGAAAAAGCAGGCCAGGCUGAUCUUCAUACAUGUUUUGACUGUGUCCUGCUAUAAUUCAGGACCAUGUCCUGCUUGUUCUGGGCACUUCAUAAGGCACUACACUGGAAUGUACUGUAGCUAGAUUUGCUGUUUUUUUGCAUAUUGAAUUUGAUUGAAUUAAAUUUGCUGAACUCUCUUGUAUGACCUGA